AUGGCUACGGCAUUGUGGAACCGAGUAGAAAUCGCUUAUCCUGGUACAAGAUCUACGGUGAAUUUACAGAUUAGUGAUGCUACAGAGAUCUGUAUAGAACGUCUUCUUAAAUCGUGUGAAAGUGUGUUGACGCUGCUGAGGAGUAAAGUACUAAAAGUGGAGAUUGAGGUCCUGUAUUCCCUCCUUUAUGUUUUUCACAACAGACUUCGUCAGCAUAAAACAUACCAGGCUCUAAAACAGGUUGAACAAUGUGUAAAACGCUUCAGUGGUAUGGAACUGGAGGCAGUUAUCCAAGAUCUGAAAGAGAUGUGUCCAAAGAGACUUGAAAACUCAUCAAACUUUGAGAACAUCACACGUGAAGUCCCUAGCCAGCCUGUAUUAGAAUGGCUGUCAUUGAAGAUCAUGGGAGGCUGCAAGCUGGCUCUGUGUUUCAUGGAAAAUUGCUCUAAAGUGUUUCUAUUGACAAUACAACACCUCUACUGGGAAGAGUACAUUGUUUUAAAUGUGGUUCUUACAGGAAUGCUCAGUAGAUUGUGGGUGCUGUUCAGGGGUAUACUGAAAAACCUGGCUACUCUAUAUGAGGAGAUGUUCCUGUUACUGCAGGAGGUUUCUGGGAUGCAGCAGAUGCCAUUUGUGAAAGAAUUCACGUUCCCUUCUGAUCUUAAGAGUUUUCUAGGCCCAUCUUACAUAGAAAUAGUGACUAUGAAGCUACCUAAAGCCCCUGCUGUUAAAUCUGCAAAAAGUAAAGGAGCGGCAAAAAUGCUAGAUGCAUUAUUUGCUUCCGAGGUUGGAUAUAGCAGUGAACAACAAGAGCUGGUAAAACAAGCGAGGAAAGGCAAGAACAACACCACAAAAGGGAAGAAAUCCUUGGAUGUUUGGUGUCCUGUGAUAGAGAGACACCCUGAUGAUUUUGGAAAUCUGUCUGGAUUUGAUGUAAAGGCUUUGUGCAGAAGACCCCAAGGUAGCUCAAAGAUGCUUACAUCUCAAAGUAAGCAAUCUUCGAAGAAAGCUGUUCGGCCCCAAAAAAAGGGGUUGAUUCUUAAGAAGAAAUCUUUUGUUUCCCAAAUUAAAGGGACAGAGUCUUUUAGUGACCUGACAGAAACACUGGAGGAAAUGGUAGACUGGUGCCGGGGGAAGAAACUAAAGUCUGAAACCAUACAGCUGAGUUACAAGCUUCUCCAGUGCAAGAGGCUCAAAUACAUAGAAGCUCUGGGAUGCAGUUUGCACCGCAAGCUGAAUUGCUUCAGAAGAGCUAUCUGUAAAUCCCUGCUCUGUGGUGGAAGAUGCAUUCCUUUCCAAUCAAGACUGAAAUGGACAUGUUUUAUUAGUAUAAGGCAUCAGUUUGAAAUGAAAUUUAGUAGAUUUCCAGUCGGUCAAAGGACUUCAAGAAGACGUGUGCAAUGUAAAGAAUAUGCUCAGGAUCCUGUGUUUGAACAAAGUGUUCAAAAUAGGAAUGUGUCCAGUCAAAGUCCAUGGACUACAGUUAUUGAACAGACUAUAAAAGAAACCUCAAGUGGAAGCGGUGGGCCAAAAAGCAGUACGGAGGAGGAGGAGGAGGAGGAGGAUGCUGCUGAUAUUGACAGCAUUUUUGCAACAAUUGGUUUAUAAGCCAUACAGAUGCAGUAACUGUAAAAACCUGCAAUUAUGAUAAAUGUUUAAACAAACUUACAUGGCCUUGCAUUGGGUGAUGUUCAAUCUAUUGGAUGAAAGUAAAACUUACAACCCUGUUCUGACAUUAAAUAUCUAAUGUUUUGAUAACUUUAAACACUGUUAUAAACUCUCUUGGUAAAAUUCCAAAGCUUUUGAAAUGGAACCAUUAAUGUGUAUGCCUGACCCUGGUGUCUAUUUCAGUGUUCUGAACAGUGGCAGAUGCAAGUGCUGCCUUUUUAACUCUAUUUAUCCAGUUAAUAACAUUACUAUACAUAACAAACUACGGUCAAGAAUUAAAGUAAUUGGGAGACCACGAUUGGAUUCUGCGUUGUUUACAUGCUGGAAGGGCUUGCGCACGCUCUGUUUCGGCUGUAAAUAACCCAUAAACCAAGUGGCAAUAGGGCCUUCAGUGAGUAACCAGAGGGUUAAAUCUUAUGUUCCCAAUUGCCAAAGAGUAUACUCAGUUUUUGUAGAUAUGGUUAAAGAUUAAUUAUGGCACUGAUACAUACAUUUCUUUUUUAUUUAUUUUUAGUAAGGCUUCUAUAAUUUAAAAUGUGUUCCUAUAGUUAGUCUUUGUUCUCCUCCCUAUAAACACAAGAAAAAAACGCUCAUAAAACAUUUUGUAGCAGAAACCACGUGGAGCAUAAUCAUAUGUUAUUGUAGAAAAAACAAAACAAUUUGUAUCUGUAACAAAAAUAUUUAUACAGGUUAGCUCAUUUAAGUUCCAGGGUCUUUCUAUAAUAAUACAAGUUUUAAAAAACAAAUACAGUAAUCCGUCGCCUAUCUCCCGUAGCCAUUUAUCUGCCACGAACUAGCUCUUCAGCAGCGUUAGUUUAUUAUUGAACACAGGAUUGGUUCAGAGAUUGUAGAUCCUACCAAAGUUUACAUACACUGUAUUG